AUGACGACCACAGAGAUGACCCGCGAGCAGCAGGAGGAGUACCAGAAACAGCUGGUGGAGGAGAAGGGCGAGCGGGACGCUGAGUUCCUCGUCAAGAAAGCGGAGCGAGCAGCACUACGCUCCUGUCUGAGGGACAAGUACAGGCUGCCCAAGAGCGAGCGUGACGACAGCAUCCUGGAGCAGGCGGGGGACGAGGUGGACGUCCCGGAGGAGCUGCUGUCCAUGGUGGAGGGCGAGGGAGGGGAGGAGGAGCAGAGCGCCUCCCUGAGAAGGCCUCGGCCACCGUCACAGGGCUGCGCUCCAAGGCCGAGGACAAGUGCCACGUCAUGUGACCUGGUACUGCUCUGGUGCUGCUCUGGUGCUGCUCUGGGACCCGUCCGUCGAAAUGUGCAUUUCUGGAGAACCAAGAGGAGCCUCCACGCUGAGGCGGCCAUGAAGCAGCCCUCCUACCCAGCCGUGGUGCCCUCGCUGACGGCCAAGAGCAAGUCCUCCCUGCGGUACCGCUACGAGCUGCGUCUGGAAGACGUCAAAGCCGCGGCCGUGGAGGAGAAGAUCCGGCUUCUGACCAGAAUACAGCGAAAGAAGUAUGUCGUGUUCCCCCAGACGCUGUCGCGUAACGCGGACCAAUGGCACCAACACUUCACCAAGACGGCCUACAUCCCGGGGCUGCCCGACGUGUACUCCGAGGUCGGACAGCCUCCGGAGGACUCAGCUCCCGCGGUCGGACAGACAGCCCUGCCCGUCAUCGGGGAGGACACGUUCGAGGAGAUCCGAUCCCUGGUCAGUCAUGCGGUUCUCCAAGAGCAGUGGUACAUGAAGAAGCGGGAGCCCUUCCUUUACCGGCGGCAGGAGCACUUCGUGGAGCCCUUCAUGCGGAACCUUGUCGCAGGGGUCACCGGCUGCCUGGCCCAACACAACCCCCUACUGCUCCUGGCGAGCAAAGAUCUAAAACCUGAGGUGAAUUUCUAUUGGACGAGAGGUCAGAGGAUUAUUCCUCGUGGCCAUCGAAGGGGCAGAGUUGAGCCAAUCAGGUUCCAGAUCGAUGACAAGCCACACAGUCAAAUUAGGAUACCUAAGCAACUGCCACAGUUUGCUCCGAUGGAGGCUGCCUUUGGAUUGGACGUACCGGACAUCAAAGUGUCCCCCGACAUGAUGCCUCUGUUCAAACGACAGUACGACAACCACAUCUUCACAGGGGCCAAGCUGCCGGACCCCUGCGGCUACGGCCACACCCAGUUCCACGUGGUCCAGGACCGGUACCACCGGGCCCGGCUGGGCAGCAGGGGCCAGGAGGACCAGGUGGAGGCUCUGCUGCGCGCCCAGGGCCUGGCCAGCCUCUUCUGCUGGACCGGGGCGCAGGCCGCCUACCAGGGCUUCUGGGCGCGUGAGGACGUGCCGCGGCCCUUCGUGUCCCAGGCCGUGAUCACCGACGGGCAGUUCUUCUCCUUCUUCUGCUACCAGCUCAACACGCUGGCGCUGUCCGUGGACGCGGACGUGGACAACCCCCGGAGGAACGUGCUGUGGGGCACGGAGAGCCGGCGUCUGUUCCAGGGCGUGGAGGACGGCCGCGUGGUCGGUCUGGACGACGGUGUGCUGCGGCUGCUGGUCCAGUUCCUCAUGAACAGGCCCCUGGAGGCUUGAGCGCCCUGGGGGGGCCCUC